GUUGUCGGGUCCAUUCAAUAUCUUACUUGAAAAGCUUACCGCAGUGCGCGGAGCGCCCAAGUGAAGGAACUUAACUGGAGGUGUCUUCUAGAGGGUUGUACUGUUCAGUUACAUUUUUGGGGGUGACGACGAAGGCAUGAGCAGUUUUAAUGAUAUGCAACCUAGCACAUCAGCGCCGACGGGGCCGCCAGGCUCACUAAGGCUUCCGCAAUGUUGUGGCUCGGCCCGUGUAGAUUUCAAUAUCAAUGACCCUUGCUAUGUGUUUCAUACAUUAACAAAUACAACCGGCGAUCUAGUUGCCGCUUCGGUGUCGAAUAACACUAUUAAGUUGUACCAGCCGAGCGGGCCGCAGCUGUCGCUUGUGGGCGAGUUGCGAGGGCAUUCCAGCACCAUCACAGACCUGGCGUUCGGGGGGAGCAGCCAGCCUGGCAUCGUGAUGUCAUCUUCAGCAGACGGGACUGUUGUCUCCUGGGACGUACGGACGGGGCAACCAACAGAGACGUACAAGGUGCAGGGUCAGGAGGUCUUCUCCUUCUCCAGCCUGGGGCACGUGCUAGCAGCGGGGACCGCGGGGGAGGUGCGGUUCUGGGACCGGCGAACACGCCAGCAGCUGGCCACGCUGGAUGACACGCAUGCGGAGGACGUGACCCAGGUGCGCUUCCACGAAAGCGGCCGGAUACUGAGCGGCUCCACGGACGGCUUGAUAGCGGUGCACGACGUGUCAAAGUCCUUCAUUGACGAUGACGUUUUCCAGGCCGCAAUCAACGUCAACAACUCCGUGGAGGAGUUUGGGCUGUACGGCACGGACGGCGGCAAGCUGUGGAUCCGCACUGGCACGGAAAGUGUGCUGCUGUGGGAGUGGCUGCGGGGCACCGACGAGGAGGUCCCGGGAGGUGACAUGCAGUUUGCGGAGUUCAGCGACGCCAGAGGCACGUGUGCGCAGGCGUGUGCGGCGUCUGCAGCCGCCAGCUUGCUACCUGAGGUUGACUACUUGGUCGGGUGCCACUACGACCGCCCCACCAACCAGCUGUUCAUGCUGGCGGGCCACAACGACGGCCCGGUGGCCUUCCUGCCUGUGCUGGAACAGCAGGGACCGCACGGAGCCAUGACGGCGGCGGCGCUGGCCACCCCCGUUGUGGCGCUCGCGGGGGGGCACUCGUCCAUUGUGCGGUCGGUUCACUGCAUGGGCGAUGGGAACAGCGGCCCUUUCGGCGUGACGGGCGGAGAGGACGGCCUCGUGUGCAUGUGGACGUUGGAUCCCAGCCUGCUUGCGGCGGCGUCAGCGAGCAACCCAACGGCGGCACCCCCGGGCAGCGCCACCGCGGUUCAGGCGGCUGGUGGCCAGGGGACCUCGCAAACGCAGCCUUCGGGGGGGCCUGAACGGCAGCAUAAGUACGCAAAGAAGCGAGGGAAAAACAGGCGGCCUUCUCCGUACUAGCUUGCGAGCAACGGAAUACUUGACACAGCAGCUUAGGGAUGGUCCUGGUGUUGCUCGGUCGCUUCUGGGGUUGCUUGGAGUGCGCUGGUUGAAUUGAGUUGCCAGUCGCCCAAGGGAGCUGAAAAUGAGUACAGGAGUCGUUGGAAGACCUCGUGCACCACACAAGCAGGGAUGUAAAAUUGUUGCC